GCCAUGACGACGCCAGGCAAAGCUAGCGGGCUGAAACAACCCAGUAGAAUCGUCCGUCCGGCUGGUGUUCCAUCAAGAACGUCCCCGUGUUCUGGGACUCCAAAGCCAGUUCCUCCUGAGAAGCCCCCCUUCAGCGAGGCCUCUCCAACCCAGGAUGGAAACGCAGACUUUCUGAUUGGAGACAGGGUCUGGGUGAACGGCAGCAAGCCCGGCUGCGUCCAGUUUGUAGGCAGCACUCAGUUUGCUCCUGGCCAGUGGGCCGGCAUUGUUCUGGAUGAACCGAUUGGGAAGAACGAUGGCUCGGUGGCAGGCGUACGAUAUUUCCAGUGCGAAGACGGACACGGUAUAUUUACCCGGCCUUCCAAGCUGUCCAGGACUGAACUGCCACAGAAGGAGGGGAACGGAGGGCAGGCCAGCCCCGUCCCAGGAGCCUCUGCAGCAAGCGAGUCGGCUCCUGGCGGCACCACCUCCACUGCUCAGAGCACCAGCGUAAAGACGUGCGGUGCGCUCAGCCGAGUGGCGGCAUCCAGCGAGUCGGUGUCCAACCUGUCAGAUCCAGACUCCAACAAGAGAAACCGCAGGGAGCUGAGGCUGGGAGAGCGAGUCCUGGUUGGAGGUACGAAGGCAGGCGUGGUGCGCUUUCUUGGAGAGACGGACUUUGCCAAAGGAGACUGGUGCGGUGUGGAGCUGGACGAACCUUUGGGCAAGAAUGACGGCGCUGUAGCUGGGACCAGGUAUUUCCAGUGCUCACCCAGGUAUGGGCUCUUUGCUCCUGUUCACAAGGUGACGCGCAUUGGUUUCCCCUGCACCACCCCUACCAAGACAAAAAGCUCCCACAGGAGGUCCACUCUCAAGAGGAGCCCGAGUGGUUCCUCCAUCAGCUCCCUGAGCUCAGCCACCUCCUCCAUCAGCGGCAAACCCAGCCGUGCAGGACUGCUGACAGAAACGUCUGCUCGGUACGCUCGUAAGAUUUCGAGCACCACGGCGCUGCAGGAGGCGCUGAAAGAGAAGCAGCAGCACAUCGAGCAGCUGCUGGCAGAGAGGGACCUGGAGAGGUGCGAGGUCGCCAAAGCUACCAGCCAUGCAGGAGAGGUGCAGCAGGAGCUGGUUCUGCUGAGGAAAGGCCGGGACCAGUAUGCACUGGAGAUGGAGACCAAACUGGAUCAGCUGCGGUCGAUGGUGGAAGCAGCAGAUCGAGAAAAAGUGGAGCUCGUCAACCAGCUGGAGGAAGAAAAGAGGAAAGUGGAGGACCUGCAGUUCCGUGUAGAGGAGGCAUGCAUCACCAAAGGAGACCUGGAGACGCAGACCAGGCUGGAGCAUGCCCACAUAAAGGAGCUUGAGCAGAGCCUGCUUUUUGAAAAGACCAAAGCUGAAAAACUCCAGAGGGAUUUAGAGGACUCUAGGGUGGCUACAGUGUCUGAGCGCUCCAGGAUCAUGGAGCUGGAGAGGGAGGUGUCAGACCUGCAGCUCAGGCUCCAAGCGUCCCAGAAGAAGGAGGAUGCAGCGUCCCUGUCGCAGCAGCAGAUCAGCAGCCUCAGGGUUCAGCUUCAGGCUCAGGAGCAAAAGAUCAGUAAGCUGAGUGUUGACCUGGAGAGCAAACAGAAAGAUCUUCAAUCUGCACUGCAAGAAAGGACUUCUCUGGAGCAGCAGCUAACCAGCCUGAGACAAAAGCUUGAGAUUUCUGAGGAGGAGAACAGCAGGACAACGAAGACCAUGCAAGCGCUGGAGCACAGUGUGGAACGUUCCAGAAAAGACUUUCAGACCCUGCAAGAGGACUGUCGGCACAGAGAGGCAGAUCUAAGAGCUCAGCUGGCCCAGACUAAUGAGAAGUUAGAGAAGACGUCUUUGUCUCUGGAGCAGUGGACUAAUGAGAAGAAGACUUUGGAGACGCAGCUUGAGGCUUUGAAACAGCAGAACUCCAAGUACCAGGAGGAGCUCAGCGAGUCCAAAGAGAGGAGCAGCUCAGAGAACCGGCGGAUUGGAGUCCUCUGCAAGGAAAUUGAGGAGCUGAAGCUGGCCUCCCAGAAGUCUCAGCAUGCUGACCAGCACAAUGAAGAGCACAACGGUCAGCAGGUGGACAUCAAGAGCAGAGACACCUUCUGUAAUCAAGACACAGAGGGGGACAUAAACCACCAGAAAUCCACCGGAGCUUUCUCCUCAGACAAAGACCGAGAACUGGAAACUCUGCGAAAUGAGGUUACGGUGCUGCGAGGAGAAAACGCCGUGGCCAAAAGCCUGCAGUCAGCCGUGGAGACGUUACAGAAGGACAAGGCUCAGCUGCAGAGCCGAGUUCACAGUCUGGAGCAAAGGCUGCUGGGAAGUCAGGCCUCACAGGGGGAUGACAGCGAGACCGUCCUCUCAGGUGAUGCAGCUCUGCAGCAGCUGAGGGAAGAGAAGGAGUUUGCUGAAGGACAGAUUAACUUCCUGAACAGCGUGAUCGUGGACCUGCAGCGUAAAAAUGAGGAGCUCAAAGUCAAGCUGAAGAAGCUCGCUCUGGCUGAGUUCAAUGGAAACGACGAGACUGGCGGGUUCUGUGAAGGCGUGUUGAAGCGUGACAAGAAGGCCACUCCACGUCUGUUCUGUGACAUCUGUGACUGCUUUGACCUCCACGACACAGAGGACUGUCCCACUCAGGCUCAGAGCCCAGACUCCGUCCCCCACACCGCCUACCACGGGAACCCGGCUGAUGAGAGGCCCUACUGCGACAUCUGCGAGGCGUUCGGACACACCACCGAGUCCUGCAAUGACGAUCAGACCUUCUGAAGCGGUCCGGUCCAAUCCCGUCCCGGUACUCGUUCCUCUCCUCGAGUGUUCCCCACGGCCCUAAGAACUGACCCAAGCCCAGAGUUUUUCCAUAAAGUAUUUUUAUACUAUAAAUGCACCUCUGUCCUAAACUACUUUUCUGAUUCAAAUAUGCUUCUUCUGUG